AUGCUGCAAUGGGCGAUGACGUGGGAAGAGUUCGGUGAGCAGGCUAUCGAAAAGUUGAUAUUUGGCUUGGGUAACACUGUGCCCGUUGCUGCUGAAUUGGCGCUGAGUAUUGCUGCGGCACUUACAUCACUGGUGGCGACCGACGCAAACGUUGUUGCAGCGGUCGAUGCCAUGACCGAGACGGAGGCCCGUGCCGCUGCCGAGCCACAGGGAUCAGUUUACACGACAGGAAGAAGGAGAGAAGAAGAUUUGUGCGCGGGCACAGACUCGCGUCGGCCAGAAGACAUGGUGAAACGUUUGUGGCGAGUGGGAGAAGGAUGGUGGCUUUCGUGGCCAUGGAGAAGCAGCCUCGUUGCAGCGGCGGAUAUGCGGACACGCGAUCACGAGCGAUGCCCUCAGGAAAAGCCGUUGCACCUUUCCAACUUAACUGCCUCGCCUUCGUCGAGGCCGCCUCGCCGAACGGAGAUUUUUGAGGUGCUUAGCGGCCAGGAGCUAAUGAUGUUCUCGCAGCCGCUGAUGGUAGUCAGCGGAGUAGGGUUCAGUGAUCACCUCAGCCUCGACGACCUGAUUGACGUCGUAGAAACACAGCUGCUGGCGAAGAAAGAGCUCGGAGACAUGGAAAUCGAUGUGAUGGAGCCAGAGCACUCGAACGAUCCAGAACCUCUUACUGUAUAUAAGCAUCCACGAUUGCGGACAGUCAUCGGGAAACUCUUUGGGCGCUACUGCUGGGUUCGAGCGGAGGACUUCGACGUUCGCAAUCAUGUGCUGAAGCUCAACAGACACGAGGUUCUUUCACUUCUACGACACCAUAAGGGGAGGCUCCAUCGCCUUCAUGCCGGAGUAAUACUUCCAUCUCUUCAGCAUCACCAGUCAGGAUCUCACGAAGAAGAGAGUCGCUACUCCGCCUGCGGCAGUACUGACAGUGAAGCAAGCUACCCUGGGGAAACACUGUGUGACGGCGGUGACUCCUGCAGCUGCAUUGUCACAUCUGCCGAGGCACAGGCUCUAGAAAACAUCUUGGCUACUCAGGCGCUGCAGCCAUCUAUGCCUCUCUGGCAGUUUGUAUUGCUGGAGCAUGUCGAACUCCCAGUUUUUGACGAAGCAGAGGCAGAGGCGCCGAAUCCGAACUCACGCACGCACGGUGACGUUCAGGAGGGCCCGUGCACCCCGAGACCAACAGGAUCGAUGGUUAUGUUUAGAAUUCAUCACGCGGUUGCAGAUGGGAUAGCAAUCACAAAUAUGUUUCUUUCGGACGUUCUUUCCGCCUGCUCCGCAACCGAAAGUGGCAUGGCUGCCUCCAAUGGCGACGAGAUACUUGAGGCGGAUUCUGGGGCGUCGGGACCAUGUUACCGUGCGACUUCAUCCCACAGCUCUGAGGCUGCGCCUGAGUAUGAGGCCACUUCUUCAAGUUCAGGAGGCCUGCGGGCUUCCGGUAGAAGACAGGGUGUAACGGGUGCUGAGACGACGUGUUCUAUUGGAGCCGACAAGCGAACGCUUUCAGGCGCAGGGGAAGAGCUGACUCGCACCCCUCAUGAGACCCAAGUGUCCGGUGAGACGGGCACGUACCACGAUCCUGUGGGGAGCCUUCCGGAGGACCCGCAGCGGAAACGCCGCUCUCAGAGGGCCAACUUCGAUGCCGCCGGCACAGCGCGAUUUUUUCCUCCCCUGACUCGCGAAGAUCGAGUGGGCGCACCUGCUGAGAAUUCUAGACGAUCUUCGACCCUGAACAGAAGGCCGAUUAAGUCCUUGGUCCCUCCGUUAACACGCCCAUCUUCAGUAAUUUUGACUGCCCUGAUGCAGCUGAUUUCGUACCUGCAUGUGCCUUUCACGGUCGUAUCGCUUCUCAUGCUUACAGAAGAGAAAUCUUGGGAUUCCCCCGAGAGAUCGCGACCCCAAAGAUCCGGGAGGGUAUCGGUGUUGCAGCCCAUUCGGUUUAGACUCCAAGAUUUGAAGAGACUCCGGCGGAAGCUUGCAGCUCUUCCCCCCGGGAGAGACAAAACAACUGCGAAUCUGGGCAAGAGCCAGAUUCACACAGAUGCCCCCGUCUUCAGCGGCGGAGGCCGUUUGCGCCAAUGGAGAGACCAUCUACGAGAUAAGCCACUGCGAAGCCUUCUUCUCUUCGUUGCCCGCUCUAUUCACAGUGCAGUGAGGAACGAAGGGGUCUGCCCUAGGCGGCAGAGGCCCCCCACCCGGUCCGAUAGGCGUCCAGGUGCCGAAGAUGGUUCAUGCAGGUCGAUACAGCAAACUACCGAAGCUGAAUUGACAGGCCGGGACAACGAUUCCGCGAGAAGCGGGGUGACAAACAAAGAUUUGUUUACUAUCAAUGAGCUCCUUGCCACAUGUUUGGUGGGUGGUAUUUGCCGCUACGUUCACAGGAAGGUCGCCCUCAAGUAUGCAGCUUCUGAGAGACAGGCAGACGUUCGAGUUGUAUCAUCGGGGGAACAAUGUGAGAAGCAGAAGAGUCCUUCCCAUCGCGACUGGAUUGCCCAGGAGCAGCGGACUGCCUUUAGAAAGGACGCCGCUUCUGAGAAACUCCGCCAAGCCACGGCAAGCUUAGCCACCGUUUGCCGAUCCCCCGAUCACAGCUGUUCAAAUGUCUCAAAAAUCGGUUUGUUGCCCUAUAACAAAAGUGUGAGCGCGCUGAGCAGCUACACCACUAGCACCUGCAGUACGACUACAAGCAGCAAGAGUAGCAGCCCUUUGUGCUGCCCGGACUGUGGCAGCGCAAAAGGAAGCGGAUGGUGGGCAGAGAGAUUUUCUUACGUCCGACGUGCGUGCGGUGGACCUUGUAUGUGCGGUGGGGGCGACACCUGGAUAAAAGACAACGCGGUGGCUCAUGUGUCGUUUCGAGGACCUGCUGGUAGUGGCAACACGGCAGCCGGCAGUGACAUUGACAGACCGAAUGAGUGUGACUCCUACGAGUUUCGAACGGCAUGCCAAACGCCGUCCGAAAGUUGGAUUCACCAAGGCUUUGACGUCCCCCUUUCUCAAGCCAGGACAGAGGUGAUCAUUCUCCGCCGUCGACAACCGCAAGCUGUAACAGGAGAAAGCUUGACGUAUGAGACGCGAAGAUUUGAGGGAAGAAGUCAAGACAAUGAGGUGCAGCCACGUCAUUCCCCCGGCCAACAUUCCAAAGAAGCAGUUUCUCCCAUGGGCUCAGACAGCGUCACCGGAGAAAGUACUGAGCAGGGGCAAGCUCUUUCUUCUGUGAACCCAUGCAAAUCCGUUCAGGAAGCUCGGGAUUGGGAGGAAGAGCGACGCAGGCAGGUUCUCCACAUGGAGCUUGACAUGCUGGAACAGUUGAUCCCUCAACUCAAUAUUGUGGUACCCGUGAAUCUACGGACGACGGAAGAAGAGUCGUUCGAGUUGAGAAAUAAUUUCACCACGGCGGUUGUGCAGGUCGCCGCAGCUGACGGAUUCAAAGCCACCUCAGCAUACGAACGGCUGCUCGGCGUUCGCAAGUCGUUAAGAAAGAGCGUCAAGAGUUUGGGUGCCCUUGUAUUUGCGUUCAUGGAGAAGGUUUCAUUCUGUACAACUCCAGACUUUCUUCUGUUCCUCCAGCUGUGGCUGACGAAAAAGGUAUCGUUGCUCUUCAGCAACGUUCCAGGCCCCUCUGAGCUACCUCAAAUACAUGGACGGCAAGUGCAUGCAAUGCACUUUAUUGGUCCACUCGCUGGCCAGAUCGGCUUGAUCGUCAGCGCAUUUUCCUAUGCCGAUCACUUGGACUUGGUCAUUACAGCGGACACAGCAAUGCUGGAAUCUCCGGAACUGUUCAGGCGGUGCAUUCUUGAGGAGUACAGAGAGCUGAAGCGACUUUGUCCGCUCACACCAUCCAGCGGAUGA